AUGACCGGGUGGCUGAGAUAACGACCACAUGAAGUUCCCCACAUUACCUCACCCGAUAAGGAAACAAGCAAAGAGACACAGAGAGGCAGAGCAAGAGAGAGGGUCAAACUGGGAGGGAUGUGUAAAGAGGCAGACGAUGAUUGUGGAGUUUUCACUAGUUGUAUGAAAGUUUCAACUGAGGGCACUGGAACUUAGGAGAGGAAUUGGGAGGCACCUGAAUGGAACAGUCUUCUCAAAAAUGAUUUCAUGAGAUCACAGGAGUAUUGCUUCAUGCCAUCUUUUUUAUAUAUCUAGAUUAAACUUUAAAACUGCCUGGAUUAGACUGAAAUAUGAUUUCAGACUGUAUGUUUUGUUGUGUAUUCACCAACGUACCUUGGAGGUAACUUUCCUGACUAUCUUCAGCACUUGAAAGCAAACUGAAUGAGUUAUUACAAUUAUCAAGAAUUGAAGAGAGUCUGCUAUAGCACUUUGUCAGCAUCCAUGGCAUUGACUCCUCUGCAAGGACGCAUGUCAGUUGCCGUGAAACACCACUUGGUCUCCAGCUCCAUGGUAGAGCCACUGAGCCCGCAGCCUCCAGUAGCCAAGAGUCCAGCAACUCUGUACAAACAGAAGCAGAGUGUACGCAGUAGCCAGGAGCCUAGGAAGUGGAAGGACCAGUCUGUGUGUGGGUCCAGAACAAACUCAGAUUCUGAUUGUGGUUCUGUGGUCCAGACCAGGGCACUGAGGAGUCAGCACUCCCCUGAAAAUGCAGCUCGAGAGAGGAGUCGUGUCCGCAACUUACGACAGGCCUUCCACAGUUUGCAGGCAGCCUUGCCGUCCGUCCCACCUGAUACAAAGCUCUCUAAACUGGAUGUUCUGGUGUUGGCCACUAACUACAUAGCUUACUUAACAGAGGCCCUUGACCAGGGAGGGACUCUAGGUGAGCACACACUGCCUUCCAAGACAGCUGGAUAUCUGCAUCCUGUUAAGAAGUGGCCAAUGCGUUCCCUGCUCUACUGUGGCAGUGUGGGCGAGCUGUUAUCAGCCAAUCGGAUGCCUCCACCUGGACAAGACCAGACACAUCCUGCCUCAGAGACAGAUAAAGAGUGAUAGAAGAACGUGGUCAUGGGACCUAACUUUCACCUCCUUUGUUAUCACCAUUCUUAACCAGCCAUGGGGCUACUUUUGAGCGACACAUCAGAUUAAAGGGUGAGAAUUUUAAGGAGGGGAUUAGUAAUUUACUAAUUCCCUCCUUAAAUUUCUUUUUUUUUUCUCUUCUUUUUUUACACAACUUUUUUUGAAAGUACGACUGUUUCUGCUAUAUAUUUCCUGGUAUUUUAGUAAAGCAUAGUGUAAAAGCAAUACUUUUAGUUAAAGGAAGGCAAGCUUUUUCAUAUUGUGGAUGAUUAAUAAAAUAAAAGAAGGCCAAGCUUGUAGCAAGCACCUCAGUUUACUAUUUAAUUUCAUUCUACAAUUCAGAAGCAGGUUAUAAGUCUAAAUUAAACAGUGUUUCUAUUGCAUGUGUGCAAAAGUCUCCCACAUUGUAGUAUUAAAUUAAACAGAGUACAACAAAUACAAACUACUGUGUAUAAUAGAGUGUAUACAGGUUUACACACAGCACAGAUUGAUAUAUUUUACUCUUGCUGAAAAUGUUCUUUAAGCAAAAGACAGACUGCCAGGAACAGAUUUAACAGAAGGAAGUGAAAAGUCUCCUGCACUUGACUAAUUACACUCGAAAUCAAUACAUGCAGGAAGAGUAUGUAAUCCAUUUGCUUGUUUUAAUAACUGAACUGACUUUAUUUCUCCACAUGGUAAUUUUACAGUAAAGGUUAAGUCAUCACUGUGCUUUUUUAAUCAAAAUAAAUAUGUUUGUGCGGA